AUGCCACUGGUCGUCGUGGAGCGAUUCCAGCACACGUGGCGUGGGUAUCUCGACUCAGUCGUUCGCCAAGCCGCGAACCGCGACCGGAAACGCAUACUCCACCCCGAGGAGUAUCUUGCCGAGCGUGUCAACAACAUCGGGGCCUGGCCGUGUUACGCUAUCGGUGAGCAAUGCGCAAGACUCAACAUUCCUCAUGAGUGUAUGGAACACCCGAUUCUCGAGCGGAUGAGGACAUGCGUCUCUCAUCUAAUGACUCUCACCAACGACCUCUUCUCAUAUAGGAAGGAGAAGAUUGCCAACGACUCGGAUUACAACGCCAUCACGACCGUCAUGGUCCACUUUCACGCAGAUCUCAGUGGCGCUGUACAGUGGAUCUCUGACCGACACGAAGAAGUUCUUGUUCUUUUUUGGGAGCUUCGCGAGAAGGUGAUCAAUAAGGAUGGGUUCCCCUCGUGGGGACCUGAGCUAGACUGGCAGAUCAUCGAGUAUACCGGCGUGCUUGCUGACCAUAUCCGCGGGAAUUACGAAUGGAGUUGGCAUACUCAGCGGUAA